CGGGGGGCGGGGCCCAGUCGGGGUGUCCCGGGAGUAGCACGUGGAGGCUGCCGGGGUCCGUCUGCUCGUGCCUGGGGGAGUCGCGCGCUGCCGCCAUGCACGAGCCGGAGCAGCCCGACGGGGGGGCCUCGGGCGGGCCCGAGUGGAACAUCCCGCCCAACGCGCCCGCCUGCAUGGAGCGCCACCUGGACGGGGCCCACUACCGCCCAGAUGGAGCUCUUCUCCUGGGUGCUUCCAGUUUGAGUGGACGUUGCUGGGUGGGUUCCAUUUGGGUAUUUAAGGAUCCAAAACGGGCCCCUAAUGAAGGUUUUUGCUCUGCUGGGGUUCAGACGGAAGCAGGCGUAGCGGAUCUGAAAUGGGUAGCGGAUAAAGGAAUACUAGUGGCCUCAGAUUCUGGUGCUGUGGAGCUCUGGGAGUUGGAUGAGAACGAAACUCUAAUAGUGAACAAGUUUUGUAAAUAUGAGCAUGACGACAUUGUGACAACAGUGAGCGUUUUCACUAAUGCCACUCAGGCGGUUAGUGGCAGCAAAGACUUCUGCGUGAAGGUUUGGGACAUCCCACAGCAAACAGUGCUGCACUCUUACAGAGCUCAUUCCAGCCCAGUGACAUGUGUGGCCUCUUGUCCUGGUAAGGACACAGUGUUCCUGUCCUGUGCUGAGGAUGACAGAAUUUUACUGUGGGAUACCAGAUGCCCCAAACCAGCUACUCGAAUUGUUUGCAGUGCCUCUGCUCACCUCCCUACCUCAGUUAUGUGGCAUCCACAGCAAAGUGACACAUUUGUGUUGGGUGAUGAAAACGGGACAGUUGCUCUUGUAGACACAAAGAACCCAGACUCUGCUCUAAGUUCAGCUGUGCACUCCCAAACUGUCACUGGUUUUGCAUUUUCUACACACAGUUCGCCCCUCCUGGCUUCAAUUAGUGAAGACUGCUCGGUAGCUGUUCUUGACUCCAGCCUUUCAGAGGUUUUCAGAAGUCGCUCUCAUCGAGACUUUGUGAGAGGCCUAUCGUGGUCUCCCUUGAACAAGGCCUUGCUCUCUACAGUUGGAUGGGACCAUCAAGUUUUACACCACACAGUUCCAACACAGACUACUGAAGCUGCUGGAAGCAACAGUGUACAUGACUAGUUUUAUAAACUCACUGGUCCAGAUUUAUCCCCGGUAUAACUCUAGAUGUUAUGCCCCUGGGAUGUAUAUGGCCCAUUGCCUGUCUCAGAGCUUGUGACUUGCAACCAAGAAGACAGGUCCUGUAGCAACUUUGCAUUAGGCACGAGCUAAUUACAAAAACAGCCCCUUGAUGUAGAGUCCAGAUUCACCUGUGAUAAAGCUUUAACAUGUUGCACCAGAGAAUUUUGAUUUCAGACACAAGGAAUUGCAGGGAAGUGGGCAAUUAGGUAAAAAUAAAUAAAUAAAACCAUAAA